AUGCCUGUGGAUGAAUCCAUUGGAGCUGAAGAUGAUGAAGAUAAUUUCCAUUCCUGGAAGCAACAAAUCAAAGAUCCUAAUUAUGCACCUCAACAGUGGAAUGGAUCUCAAUUCAAUGAAAAUUGUGCUAUUCGUGGUGGUCGUAAAUUUAAUUGCGACAGAAGAGGUCGAUUCAAGGACAUAUCUUUCCCCUUUUCUUUUCAUUUUGGCAGCCGAUGGUCUUGCAGGAUUAAUGAAGAAUGUUGGAUUCGUUCGUUUGGUUUUUCUGUUAAAUUGGCAUACUGCAGGUUGUUUUCCCUAGUAAAUCAUGUCUUUCAUCUAAGCGACAACUUGAAGCUGGCUUUGAAGUUUCUUUGGAAGACAAAUGUUCCCAGUUGUAUUCAGGUUUUUGUGUGGAGGUUGUUUUUGUAUACACUCCAAACGGGAGAUGAAUUGGCGAAGCGUGGAGUUAUAUCUGGUCCUCAUAACCUCGUUUUCCCGCUUUGUCUUAGGCCAUAA